CAGUGGAAUUAAUAGCAGUGUUCAUUCAGAGAGAAACACUUUUAACGAUAACAGGGUUACGGAAAAAUAUAUACAGUCGACAAAAUGAUUGGUUAUUUGAAAGCGUUCACAUGUAUAUUCAUUUUCAGUGCAAUUUUAUUAAACGUGGAAUGUGAAGAGUGUAUUUACGGGUCCGAUGGGUUGUGCAUGGAGCCGUGCCCCCCGAAAACAGUGUCGUAUAGUCCUGGGUGUGACGAGGAGGUGAUAUCGCAGAGGACCUGUCGAUCUCCGAUACCACGCCGGAUAGGCCGCUACUGUGACUAUUCGCGCUGUGACUGCGAAAACGACCAGGUUUGGGAUGAAGCUGCAAGAAAGUGCGUGAUUCUGAAAGACUGUUCUGAUCAGUCCAAACUCAAAAGUGCGUCCGACAGAGUGUGAUAAUGAAGACGUUGAUGUGUGAUAAUUUAAUUAAACCACUUUACCGAUA